GACCCCAAAAAAAGAGCAAAAAUGGGGUGACAGGGAAGGACGGAUGGGGGCACGGCCACCCCAGCUUACCCAUUUGAGCUACGAGAUCAUCGACCACUUGCAUCCCUCAAAUCGAUAGGAAUCUUGGGAUUUUGAACGAUUCAGUUCAUGGGGAGAGAGGAGUCCUCUCGCCAAACGCUUUAGAGGACGUUCGCAACCGCGAUUGGGGCGUUGGUCCUCGGCACAAGGGACGUCCGGAGCCGCCUGCGCCGGAGGGCGAGGGGAGGAGAGGCGGCCGCGGCUAUGGAUGACGAUAUAAUCUCGAGAUUGCCCGAGCAUUUGAAGCAUCACAUUCUCUCGUUGAUACCGGGCAUUAAGGAAGUCGCGAGGACCAGUUCGCUGUCGAAGUCGUGGCUACGGACGUGGCGAUCGUUUCAGAUCACUGAGAUCCAUCCAUGGCUCAUCAUGCCACGCGAGGCCAUCGACGACAUCUUCAAGAGCGGGCGGGGAAACGUGCACAGCGAGAGAUUCGUCAGGUUAGUCGACGAUAUCCUUAUGAGGUCCCGAGAUGGGAUGCCGCGGUUCGUGAUCUACGUGACCUUCGACAUGAUUCCUCACGUCGGGAGAUGGGUGGAUUUGGCUUUAGACUAUCGUGUUCAGGAGCUGAGCAUUGGGAUCGUUAAUGGCAAAUUUCAAUUUCCAGAUCCCGCAAGGGUUUUGUCUACUAAGUUCAUCAAAUCCUUAUCAUUAAGUGGGAUUAAGGUUGAUGGGAUCAGCGCCGUGAAUCUGCCUUCUCUGCUGUCGCUCCAAUUGUACAAUAGCGUUAUUAACGAAGAGAUGUUCCAGAGACUCAUCGGGGGCUGCCCUCUAGUUGAAGAUCUUACUGUAUUCCGCUGCAAUCCCUUGUCCGAGAUCGAACUCUCGAAUCUCAAUUACCUCAAGAGAGUGAAUCUGGGUACUUGCCGCCCUGAUCUUAAUGUAAGAAUUAAAGCACCGGGAUUAGAAAGGUUCGAAUUUUCUCACCAAUUGACAAUCGAACGGGUAGGCGGUUUGGUAUUUGAUGUAAGUCCGAGCGUCACUUGCUUAGAAUUGGCGAGGAUGAACAAGAGUGACGAGUGGUUCUGUCAUUUACUAUCCAAAUUCCCUCUGCUAGAAAGCUUGACACUUUUAUUAUUCGCAUCAUUGAGACGAAUCAGGAUCUCUAAUCCACACUUGAAGAAGAUCUCAAUAGAAAGUUGCUUUCACUUGGAGGAUAUCAGAAUUGAUACCCCAAAAUUGUUGUCUUUCCGUUAUGAGAAUCACUACAGUAUAAGCCAGUGGACACUGCCCUUCAUAUGGACAGACAAUGCUCCUUAUAGUUGUGCCUUUGGAUUGGAAAUUUCUUUUGAUCAGGAUCCUCCUGGGCAGUGUUUGGAGAAGCUCCAGAAAUUCCUCAUUGGAUGGUCUGCUACAUUUAGAUGCCUCGAAUCAACCGUGUGUCUCUGCCAGCAUGGCGAGAGAAUUGACGAAGAUAUGAAGAAGAAAUUGGCUUUAUCUGCUCCUGGGAUACAAUAUAUGAUUUUCGAGUUCUUUCCUGAGGCAUCCCAAUCCCAGGAUAUCAAGUUCCUUAUUCUGGAUUGCUUGUUUCAUACUUGCCGACCUACAAGUGUUAUUCUCAGGGUGCCAGAUCCUUUACUAGAGUUAAUCUGCAAGGCAUUUGUGCGCAAGGAGGAGGAUCCUGACUAUCCUGACUGCUGUUCCAGUGCUGGGGGGUCUUCGUGUUUUUGUCACGGGCUUAAAGACGCGAAGAUUGACCGGUUUGAGGGUACCCACGAUGGUAGACCUUUAGACUGGAGCACCUUGUGCAGUCUGCUGCCCGUUGAAGUUCGGAUUAGAUUGCAGUGGUGGGAUUAGCAACGGGACACUGCUGGACGAUCCAUGUUUUCCUGUACGGAAUACACUUUUUAGUGAGCUGUGUAAUAAAUGCAGAACAUAAGCAGCUUCGUAGAGUGCAGGAUGAGUCCUUUUAAUUGGAAACAAGUAGUUAUGGCUGUGUCUGGUUUGGUGCUUAUGCACCUAUAUCCUAUCUGACCAGGUUUGCACCCUUGUUGAGUUGAAUAUUAAGUUAUUGUUUACCUUUUAUUACUAUAUAUUUAGAAAAAAGGAGUAUUCACACUAA